UGACGUAACGUUGCUGGCAACGUAAAACAGAUUUGUCCUCUAUUUUCCAGUAGACUGAAACGAACAUCUCGGCCUUCCAGCUUAGAUUGUUUAAUUUGUACGUUAACAUUUAUACUUGAGUGAAACAAUGGCUGGUACUUUGGCCCGUAAAGCUGUGGAUCAUCUCCGCAGCAAGGAGUUCAGGGAUUAUUUGAUGAGCACACACUUUUGGGGUCCAGUAGCAAACUGGGGGCUGCCGAUUGCUGCCAUCAGCGACAUGAAGAAAAGUCCAGAAAUUAUCAGCGGACGAAUGACCUUUGCUCUGACCUGCUACUCGCUGCUGUUCAUGAGAUUUGCCUACAAGGUACAGCCAAGGAACUGGCUCCUCUUUGCCUGCCAUUUCACCAACGAGGCGGCGCAGCUCAUUCAGGGAGGACGGCUUAUUAAAUACAACAUGGAGAAAAAAACAGCGAAAUGAUGAGCAGCCGUGACCGGCGGCGGUUUUCUCUCCAUAACGAGCGGAUCAUAACUUUCAGAAAUAAAAUUUUAAACACAAAAAACACUUAGAAUUUUAUCUGAAUAACAUCAUCAGUACAAUUGAGCUCCCGUAUCAAAGGGACGUAGGCUUUCAGAAUAGAUCGGAAUAAAAAUGUAUAUAAAGAACGAUUAUUUCUAAGACUGUUACGCACACUUAGCUUUGUGUUUUUUUUUUUGUUGUUUUUAAUCUUUGGUACACAUCAAGCUACUGAUUUCUGGAAUUGUCAUUUCAGUUAAUUUAUUCAUGGCUGAGAGGUGUAAUAUAAAGUUAACCUCAAAACAAAUAAAAUCUGAAUUAAAAGCUGA